AUGGGGAGGUGGAACGCGGUGGAGGUGGUCUUCAUCGCGCUGAAUCGCAACGUCUCCCUGGCAGGUAAGAUCUGGCUGAUGGUGACGCUCCUGCUGAGGGUCCUGACUCUGCUACUCACCGGCUUCCCGCUGUACGAGGACGAGCGCGAGAGCUUCGCCUGUAACACCAUCCAGCCUGGCUGCUCCAGCGCCUGCUACGACGCCUUCGCCCCCCUCUCCCUAAUCCGCUUCUGGCUGCUGCAAGCCCUCGCGCUCUGCCUGCCCUACGCCCUGUACGUGGUCUUCGUCAUUCACAGGGUGGUGUCAAGCCUGGCUUCCGCAAACAUCGCUCCGGGGGAAGACGGGGGCCCCCGGCCGUUCAGGGUCAAUCGGGAGAUCUUCCAGAAAGUCACGCCAGAGAAUGGCGCCGCCCUGGUGGCGGGUGGAAGGAGGUGCCGUGCUCUCGCGCUGGCAUACACCAUCCACGUGUCGACCCGGAUCGCCCUGGAAGCGGCCUUUGGUGUGGGCCACUAUUUCCUGUUCGGUCUCUCCAUCCCGAAAAGCUUCCUGUGCUACGAGGGCCCCUGCACCUCCAUGGUGGAGUGCUACGUCUCCAAGCCCACGGAGAAGACCGUGAUGCUGAACUUCAUGCUGGCCGUCAGCGCGCUGUGCCUCCUCGUGAACGCCGCCGACCUCACCGGCGCCAUCGGGUGGUUGGUGAGCCUCCGGCGCCGGGCUGAGACGGUCGUCGGCUCGGAGGACAGAGCCUCCUUGUGCCUAGAGGACGUCGACACCGCGCCCAUCUCCCGGAAUUUGCCCAGCCUGGCCAACAGCGACAUCCAGCAAGACAUCCAGGUCUUGGGAGAAGACGGGGCAGAGCGAGACAGCAGCACUGUCAGACUCUGUUCCAGGAACCACGUCGAGUCCCCGCCUCUACAAAGCGCCUGCUCUCCACACCUGGGGUCCCCGCUGCCCCUGAAACCAACAAGUGAUCUACCAGGGGGAGCCGACAGCUCCAGGCUGCUCCAUGGCAACCGGAGGGAUGACCCGAAGUCGGAGAACAGUGAGAAACCUGGGAGAAGAGCCUGGGUUUGA